UCAUAUAAACUCAAGAAAGAAAGUAAACAUAGAUCCUCACCAUUCACAGUUUCAAAAUUUCAUGUAACAUUAGACUUUUAUAAUAUUCAUGGGCAAAAAACGUAAAACUCGAAGCAUAGCCUUUAGCUGAACAAAAAAUGGCUAAAAAUUUCUCAGGAUCCAGUGUUUUAAAUGAUGAUUACUACAUAGACACGGAUUCGUCGGAAGAAAAAGACAAAGCAGAAAAUGGCACGCAAACCAGGUUUCUUAAAUGUGGCAAAGGGAAAUCAAGCAAAAUAACUUUUAAAUAUAUAGGUAAAGGAAUCGGUCAAAUCGCUCCAAAAGAAAAACCAAAAAGGAAACAACUUUUAGUAAUGGACUGGAAAAAAUUUCAUAGGCUGAGUGUUAUCUAUUCUUUUUUGGACCAUUUAGAAAAAGACUUCCCGGCUAUAUGUACUGUGUCGGUUAUCGGUAAAUCAGUUGAGGGAAGGGACAUUAAGAUGUUAAAGAUAUCGAACAGCAAUGCCAGUAAUGCGGCAGUAUGGCUUGAUGCCGCAAUACACUCUAGGGAAUGGAUCAGCACAGCUGUAGUCACAUACCUCGCCGACUUCAUCGCCAGGAACUUCCAAGACUUAUCCAAUUCGGUCACGAAUAAAGACUGGUAUAUAGUACCGGUACUAAAUCCAGACGGCUACGAGUACACUCACACACGCGACCGAAUGUGGCGUAAGAAUAGGGCUCGACGGGACGGUGCCUGUGUGGGUGUCGAUCUCAAUAGAAACUUCAGCUGUGGAUGGGGAAACAAUGGUGAGGAGGGGUCCUCAGACAAUCCAAACAGUGUGUUUUAUAGAGGUCCAGAACCAUUUUCAGAACCUGAAUCAUCAGCAGUGCGGGAUACAAUAUUGAGCUCAGCGACGGCUUUCAAGGUCUUCCUAUCAUUCCACAGCUAUUUCGAACUAAUUAUAUUCCCUUGGGGCUACAAAACAGACCCCUGUCCACACUACUUAGACCUUCUGGAAGGCGCCUCAAUAAUGGCAAGGGCCAUUUAUGAAAGCAGCGGAAUAGUAUACAAAGUGGGUUGUACAAAAGACCUUACAUAUUAUGCUUGUGGGACGAGUAUAGACUGGAGCUAUGCUAUAGCGAAAAUUCCAUAUUCGUAUAUGGUCGAAUUGAGGAGUAAAAAGUACAGGUUUAAGUUGCCCAAAGACCAAAUUGAAGAGACAUGCGUGGAGAUUUGGAAUGCAGUUAAAAGUUUAAUGGAUUAUGUGGACCAACCUUGAAAACUGAGCUUGGUCGAUAUAUUUUUUAAUUGUUACUUUAUAUAGAUAUGCCUCUAUAAUAUAGGUUUAAAUCAAGUGACCAAUAUAAAUAAAAUGUUUCAUUUUA